GUCCCCUGCUAAGCUGUCAUGGAGGAGACUCUCUGCCAAUUGGUGGUAGUGUAUGCUUCCGGAAACUAAAAAAACGAGAAAGCUAUGGCGGAUGAAAGCAGAGAGGGAGAAGUGCAAGACAUGGAAGUUGAUAGACGCAGGGAAUCUGAUGAAUCAGCUGAUGAAGAAACAAAGGAGAAGCAAGAUGUGCCAGAUGGAGAACAAAAUGGAGACAAAACCUCUGGAGAUUUGGAAGCACCAGUGGACAUAGAGACUAUCAACCUUGACCCAGAAUCUGAGGAUGUUGACCUUAACCACAUAAAAAUAGGAAAGAUCCAGGGCUUUGAGGUACUCAAGAAAGUUAAGACCCUGUGCCUGCGUCAGAACUUAAUAAAGUUGAUUGAGAACUUGGAGCAGUUGGUGACAUUAACUGAGCUGGACCUGUAUGACAAUCAAAUCCGUAAAAUCCAGAAUGUGGAGACCCUGAGCCAGCUCCAAAUCCUCGACUUUUCAUUUAACCUUUUGAGACGGAUUGAGGGUCUAGACACUCUCUCUGAACUACGACGUCUGUAUCUGGUGAACAACAAGAUUAGUCGGAUUGAAUGUCUCGACUCUUUAACCCAGCUCCGGCUUUUGGAACUUGGCUCAAAUCGUAUAAGGGUGAUUGAGAACCUGGAGUGCCUCCGUGAGCUUGACAGCCUUUUUCUGGGUAAAAACAAGAUCACCAAACUACAGAACAUGGACACAUUGAGUAACCUCACUGUAUUAAGUGUGCAGAGUAACCGACUAACAAAGAUUGAAGGUCUUCAGAGUUUAGUGAAUCUGCGAGAGUUGUAUCUGAGUGACAAUGGCAUCCAAGUACUUGAGGGGCUUGACAACAAUACUAAACUUACUACCUUGGAUGUUGCAUCCAACAGGAUCAAAAAAAUUGAAAAUAUUAGACACUUGACAGACCUCCAGGAAUUCUGGAUGAAUGAUAACCUAGUAGAGAACUGGGGGGAUCUGGAAGAGCUGAGUGGAGCACAGUCAUUACAGACAGUAUAUCUGGAGCGGAAUCCACUGCAGAAAGAUGCACAGUACAGAAGAAAAAUUAUGCUGGCCCUGCCUUCAGUGCGCCAAAUUGAUGCAACAUUUGUCCGGUUCUGAGAUGACCCCGGGUACUCUGCUGAUAUGUGGAGUAGAAGAUAGGGAGGCAAAGUACCAAAUGAACUUUCAUCAAGUUCUUGCAUAAGCAUAUCUUUAUUUUUAUCAUCUUAUCUUGCUGUACCCAGUUUGUUUCACUCAUGUAAUGUCCCAUCACAUAACCUUAGUGCAUGAUCCAGUCUCUCAAGCAUCAAACUAAAUUUUAUUUGUUCAACAACUUGAUGCUAAAUUAUACCUCUGGGCUUCCUUUACUAAUUUGUAGUUUCUGCCUACCUCCCAUGCACUAAAUCACACUGCACACGUUGCUUGUUCCCAAACUCCAUUGUACACUGUUUUAUUGCACUAAUGCUGAUAAGGGCCCCAUAUGUAUUGGGUCAUGAUAAAUGUGCAGUGAAUUUUAUCAACAGGGGUGUGUGUUAUAUACCAUGUAGAAUGAGACGUCUUUCUACACUGGACCCAGUCACCUUUUUGUUAGUGACGCUUUUUAUUUAUUUAUAUAUGAUUAUGCAGUAUCCUUAUAAGCUGUUAUUUUACUAUGUCUGCAUGUACUGACAUUGCUCCAUCACAAUGCAAAAAUUGUUUACUUUCUGUGUGGUGCAGAGUUGCCCUGUUCAGUUUUGUGUUUCUACACAAGAGUAAAACAAGUUACAUUUUAAUCUAAAUGAUAAAACAUAAAAUUAUUUUAUGGGCUAGUGCUGGCAUCUGCAAAAGUUCUAACGCAACUAGAAAUAAAGAGGUUCUUCAUGCUGUAUAUGCCAUGCUCCAAAUUAAUUGGAUCCAUAAAUGUUUAAUAGUUACUUAAAUUAUACACACAUUCAUUUAGAGGCAGUGUAAAUUAUAGUUGGUUUCUCCUUAAGGUGUUUCCAGUGAAUUCCAGUUAUACCAGCAAUAGAGUAUAACAUGUAUGUGAAUUUCAGCUUUGUUUUAUUUUUGUAUAUGCAAUAGAUGUUUUACUCAUUAAAGCUACAUCCCAUUCAAAUGA